GUUUCUUUUGACCUUCCUUCUUCUUCUUCUUCGAAGUAUUAUCUGAUUAAUGCCCAUUGUUCUUCUCCUACAACUAAUCACCUCCCUCUUCCUUAUCCCUCCUCUCUUCUCUUCUCUGUCACACAAAGGCCACGCUCAUGGCCAACAUCGUGAUGAACGGUGACUUCUCUGAUGGGAUUGAGCCUUGGUACGCCAACGGAUGCCAAGCCUUUGUUGUUUCCUCUGGCUCGUUUAGCUCAGACUCUGGCUACGCCGUUGUAACUAAUAGGAAAGAAACUUGGCAAGGGCUUGAGCAAGACAUCACAGCUCAGGUUUCUCCUGGUGUUAAGUAUAAUGUUUCAGCUUGUGUUGGUGUCUCUGGUUCUUUUGAUGAAUCAGACGAGGUUCUUGCCACUGUGAGGCUUGAGCGUGAUGAUUCGCCUACUGAGUAUUUGUUCAUUGGAAAAGCUUAUGCGUCAAGAGAUAAGUGGGUUGAUGUAGAAGGAACGUUUUUGAUAUCGAAUAUGCCUGACCGUGUUGUGAUCUAUUUGGAAGGUCCAACUCCGGGGAAGGAUCUUCUUAUACGCUCGGUUACCGUUAAAGAGUCUACUUCUUGUGACUUUCAGGAAGCAGAAGAGAAAAUAGCAGCGUCCAGACUUCCUUUGAAUAUCAUUAACAACCAUGACUUCUCUGACGGUUUGUGUUCUUGGAACUCCAACAGUUGUGAUUCAUUUGUUGUUGGCAGCAACGAAUGUAACUCAGAGUCAUAUGCCGUUGUUAAUAACCGGAGCGAAACCUGGCAAGGACUUGAGCAAGAUAUCACAGACAGAGUUUCUCCUGGUUAUACAUAUAAAGUCUCUGCUAUUGUUAGCGUAUGGGGACCUGUUCAAAGGUCGGCUCAGGUCUUGGCCACUUUGAAGUUAGAGCACCACGGCUCAGCAACCGAGUUUAAACUAAUUGGAAAAACUUAUGUUUCGAAAGAUGUUUGGAAAACUGUGGAAGGUACUUUUGUGAUAUCAGGAAGACCUGACCGUGUUGUAUUCUUCCUGGAAGGUCCACCUCCUGGUGUUGAUCUUCUUAUAAAGUCUGUAACCAUCCACUGCGAAAACAGUAAUCAGUUUGAGAGAAGCCGAGACUUCUGCUCAGCUCCUGAAGCUAAUCAUCACAUCUUCCUAAAUUCAAGCUUUUCCGAUGGCCUCAAUCAUUGGUCUGGAAGAGGAUGCAAUCUUAUGUUACAUGAGUCUCUAGCUGAUGGGAGGAUACUACCACAUUCUGGAACAUGCUUUGCUUCUGCAACAGAGCGCACACACAAGUGGAGUGGAAUUGAGCAGGAUAUUACUGAAAGAGUCCAGAGAAAACUCAUUUAUGAAACUUCUUCUGUUGUUCGGCUAUCGCAUAGCCAUCACACCGUGCAGGCCACUUUGUAUGUUCAAUACCUUGACCAACGUGAAGAAUACAUAGGCAUUUCCAGUGUUGAGGCAAACCAUGAUGAUUGGGUGAAGUUGAAAGGGAAGUUCCUCUUGAAUGGAUCUCCAGCUAGAGCAGUUGUUUACAUUGAAGGACCCCCACCAGGGAUUGAUGUUUUCGUCGACCAUUUUGAAGUAAAGCCUGCAGAGAAACCUCCACUUUCAAGACGACCAUAUAUCGAGAGUCAUGUUUAUGGGAUGAACAUAGUUUCCAACAGCCACCUAACCGAUGGAACCAUCGAAGGUUGGUUCCCUCUUGGAGACUGCCAUCUAAGUGUUGGAGAAGGCUCCCCUCAGAUAUUACCUCCAUUGGCCAGACACUCUCUUAGAUCAACUCAUGAGUAUCUAUCUGGACGAUACGUGCUUGCAACGAACCGAAGUGAAACAUGGAUGGGUCCUGCUCAGAUGAUAACUGAUAACGUGCAGCUGUUUUUAACAUACCAGGUUUCAGCUUGGGUUAAGGUUGGCUCAGGAGGAUUAACUUGUCCACAGGACGUGAAUAUAGCACUUGGUGUUGAUGGUAAAUGGGUUAAUGGAGGAAAAGUUGAGGUCAAGGAUGGUGACUGGCAUGAAGUUGUUGGUUCUUUCAGAAUCGAGAAGCAAGCAAGAGAAAUUAUGCUUCAUGUCCAGGGCCCUUCUCCUGGUGUUGAUCUAAUGGUUGCUGGUCUCCAGGUCUUCGCUGUUGAUCAUAAGGCACGGUUGAGUUAUCUCAAAGGACAAGCUGAUAUGGUUCGUAAACGCAAUGUUCGCAUCAAAGUCACAGGUUUAGAUCCUAACGAACUAUCUGGUGCAACGGUGAGAAUCAGACAGACGAGUAACAGUUUCCCACUCGGUUCAUGCAUUAGCCGGAGCAAUAUAGAUAACGAAGACUUUGUUGAGUUCUUUCUCAACAACUUCAAGUGGGCAGUGUUUGGUAACGAGCUGAAAUGGACCUGGACAGAGCCAGAGCAAGGGAACUUCAACUACAGAGACGCAGACGAGAUGCUCGGAUUCUGCGAGAGUUACAACAUAGAAACAAGAGGUCAUUGCAUAUUCUGGGAAGUCGAGUCAGUUAUUCAACCGUGGGUUCAACAGCUGAGUGAACCUGAGCUAGAAUCAGCCGUUGAGAAUCGAGUAACCGAUCUCCUUACACGUUACAACGGUAAGUUCAGACACUAUGAUGUGAACAACGAGAUGCUUCAUGGAUCAUUCUACCGAGAUCGUCUAGGCUUUGAUGCAAGAGCAAAGAUGUUCAAGAUGGCACAUGAGUUAGACCCGUUAGCGAGACUGUUCCUCAAUGAAUACCACAUUGAAGACGGGUUUGACUCUAGGUCAUCACCUGAGAAGUACAUUAAGCUUGUUCAUAAGUUGCAGAAAAAAGGUGCACCUGUUGGAGGAAUCGGGAUACAAGGACAUAUAACGAGUCCCGUUGGUCACAUUAUUCGUAACGCUUUAGACAAGUUAAGUACACUAGGGUUACCUAUUUGGUUCACUGAGCUUGAUGUGUCCUCUAUCAACGAACACGUAAGAGGAGAUGAUCUUGAGGUGAUGCUGUGGGAAGCGUUUGCUCAUCCAGCGGUUGAAGGAGUGAUGCUUUGGGGAUUCUGGGAGCUGUUUAUGAGUAGAGAGCAUGCGCAUUUGGUGGAUGCUGAUGGUGAGGUUAAUGAAGCUGGGAAGAGGUUUCUUGAGAUAAAAAACGAGUGGUUAAGUUUUGUGGAGGGAGUGAUUGAGGAUGAAGAAGGAGGGUUUGAGUUUAGAGGUUAUCAUGGGAGUUACAUAGUGGAAGUUGUUACUUGUGAAGGUAAGUAUGUGAAGAGCUUUGUUGUUGAGAAAGGCAAUUCUCCAGUUGAAAUCAUCAUCGAUCUUUGAAUUUUUUUAUGACUUGAUAUCGUUUAUGCACAUUGGUGAGAUACAAGCCUUCUUUGUGUGUCUUGUGCAAGAUGGCUUUAUUAAAAUGAAAUUUUCUUUUGUACUUUCGUUACUUGCAACACAAGAAAGAUCUAAACCCACCCUUUUUGGAAUACACA